CUCUCAUCUUCCACUCCUCCCACUCUACUCCUCCUCCUUUCCGCUGGCGUGAUUCAACAAACACCGCUGCGCGCUCCACACCCACACCACGACUGCCUACGUGCACUCCCAAAAAUAAAGAGAGAGACUUCCAACAAGUCCUCUUGACCCCCCUUUCUUUUUCUUCUCGCUGUCCAACACCAGCGAGAAACGGAGAGAUCUUGGCCGACGAUCCAACUCUCGGAAAUCCAAGUCUCACCUUCCUCCCCCCCUUCCCCCCUCUUCCCAAUUCACUCAACGGCGUACCCGCGACACGACACAUUCCCGCCCACACCACGGCAGUGUAACCUUUAAACCCAACACCCACAUCCACAGUCUUGUGACCCCAUCGCCCACCGCCGACGCACUGGCACCCACUACAACAACGGCUCUCGCCGCUUACUCCACCAACUACUCCCACCCCCCUCCCACUCCAACAACAAUGGCCCACAUCGAGUCCCACGCCAGCAACAUCCUCUCCGAGGACCACUCGCACGCGCCAGAGUCCAUCACCGCCGCCAAGGAUGGUCGUAAACUCUGCGUGAGGCAUCAGCAGACGGCAAACCAGAAUGUCAACGCAAAGCUGCAAAAGUCACUCGACUCGCUCCCUGUUCCCGAGCGCGCCGCCAUUACAAACCUCUGGUCGACAUUCUCUGCUGCGCCCCACAACAAGAGGAAACUCAUCCUCGAGGGCAUCUUGACAAUGUGCUGCUUCUCUCAACUGUCCCACCUCUCCGAUACCCUCAACCAGAUCAUCCGCAUCGACCCCUUUUCGCUUCUUCCUCGCGAGGUCUCGCUCAGAAUCCUGGGCUACCUUGACGCCAUCAGUCUUGGACGCGCCGCUCAGGUCUCUGCCUCUUGGAAGGCCCUCGCCGAUGACGAUCUUCUUUGGCGUCGAAUGUGUGGUCAGCACAUUGACCGCAAGUGUGAAAAGUGCGGAUGGGGCCUCCCCCUCCUCGAGCGCCGCCGUCUCAAGGUCGAGCUCAAGGACCGCAGCCCCGCCACCGCCCUGGGCAUUGGUGGCCACGGACCUCACGACGACCACGACCACCACCACUAUGGCGUCAAGCCGGUGCUCACACGCUCAGAGGUUCUCGGCGUUGACCGGGCGGAGCAUGCCGCGCACCAGACGGCAAUUACCUGCGACGCACCGACACUUUUGACCUCGCUUAAGCGCUCGGCGCCCAGCUCGCCCAUGAGCUGGCCCAGGGAGAAGAAGCAGCGUGUCGAGAGCGACUCGGAGGCAGAGCCUGAUGAGAUCGAGGUUGGUUCAUCAUCGAGGGCCACGGUCCCAGCUGGUAGCCUCUCGCGCGAGGUCCGCCUCACUCGUCCCUGGAAGUCGGUCUACUGCGAACGUCUUGUCGUCGAGCGUAACUGGCGCAAGGGCCGGUGCGUCACCAAGACCCUCAAGGGCCACACCGACGGUGUCAUGUGCCUCCAGUACCACACGACUCUUACGUCGCCUUCGUACCCCGUGCUCAUCACCGGUGGCUACGACCGCACCGUCCGCGUUUGGAACCUCGACUCGGGUGAGCAGGUCAAUGUCCUCCGUGGCCACACUCGCGCUGUCCGUGCGCUCUGGUUUGACCAGAUGCUGCUGUUCACUGGCUCCAUGGAUGGCACCGUUCGCAUGUGGAACUGGCGCAAGGGUGAAUGCCUGCGCGUGUUCGAGGGUCACUCGGACGGCGUCGUCUCGCUCCACUACAACGGCUACCUUCUCGCUACCGGCAGCGCCGACAGCACCAUCCUCGUCCGCAACUUCCGUACUGGUAACAAGUUCUUCCUUCGUGGCCACGAGGAGUGGGUCAACACUGUCCUUCUCUGGGACGGCAAGACGUCGCCUCACGACUACGACCCGACCCUCCCUCCUCAGUUCUCGGCUGCCGGCCGUGCCCGCUCGCCCGGCCCGGCGCACAACUCUCACGACGGCGACCGCCCGGACAUUGACGCCGGCACCAUGCUCUUCUCGGGUUCCGACGACGGCACUGUCAAGCUCUGGGACCUCAACACCCAGACGUGCAUUCGCACGUUCAACGGCCACAAGGGUCAGAUCCAGAGCCUCCGCAUCCUCAUGGUCGACAAGCCCGACCAGGAAGACGAGGAGGAGGACCGCGAAGAGCGCGAGGCGACGCCUACUGCCUCUGCCUCGGGCUUUGUUCCUGCCACUGUCACUUCGCCUCACGCUACCAUCAACCCUGCCCUUUCUGCCGCGUCUCCUCCCUCGGGCUUUGACCCCCUUGCGCACAGCACUGGUUCGCGCGACGAGCCGAUCCAGCCUCGCGUGUACGUUCACGACGAGCCCGAACAGCGCCGCCGCAAGACGCGCGAGAAGACAAGUGAGGGCGACGGCACCAAGGUGGCCAUCCUCGCCACUGGCUCGCUUGACGGCACUGUCAAGCUCUGGAACGUCGACACUGGCCGUGAGCUCAACACGCUCUUUGGCCACAUUGAGGGCGUGUGGGGCGUCGACUUUGACGCCCUUCGCCUUGCUUCUGCCUCGCACGACCGCACUAUCAAGGUGUGGGACCGCGAGUCGGGUAACUGUGUCCAGACUCUGGUCGGCCACCGCGGCGCGGUGACUAGCCUCCAGCUCUCGGACGACAUGAUUGUCUCUGGUUCAGACGACGGCGACGUGAUGUGCUGGAGCUUUGCGCCUUCGACUUCGACAUGAUCUCAACCACCUUCUUCACCACCGCCACCACCACCACCACUACCACCACAUCAUAACCAUUAUUCCCGCGAUUAGCCUCGCUCUUGGGUCCUCUGCACUAUCCCGUUGUACUGCAUUCUAGUUGUCUCUCUCACACUGGACCCCCGCAACCCGCGCGCCCGCCAUUCACUGUGUACUUUCACCAUAAUCCAUCCAUCUGUACAUGACAGGGACGCCUUUGGGGCUCUUUCGUAAACCAAUGCAUUGUUCGAAACAACA